AUGCGGUCUUUCAUGUGACGUCACUGCUCUCGCCCUUGCAUGUUAUUUACAAACUGAAUAGAUUAUCCUGAAAUCUGUCUAAUACAAACAGAAAUAUUGGUCAUUUUAAUAUCAGAACUGAUUAUUAUGCACCAUACUUUCAUGUUAUAGCGAUGUUAUAAGUGGAGUAUUUGUUAUAGUGGAAAAAAACGUGAUUUUUCAGUGGACCACUAACAAAGUCAAAGAUGUCGGCCAUUACAGUUGACUAUUUGUAGAUCUAGUGGCAUUCGUAACAACAACUAUCGGAGGAAUUAUCAGAAAUUAACAAAAUAUUAACGAUGUGAUGCAGUGUUGCUGACAGGUUAAAUUGUGAAGAUUGAAAACUGAAAAAGUGUACACAAUGGCUCCCCUUGACCCACAGCAGUUACUGAAGGCCCUCAAUGAGCUACUUGGACCCAAUGGGGCAAUUAUGGGACCUUCGGAGGCUGUUAGAGUUGCAAAUUUGAUGAAAGAUGCCAACAAACUGGUGAGCAAGUGUAUCUACAUAAAUAUCUUGAAGGUUGAGACGUCAGCCGAGACAUUGGAGAAAUUGUUGAGCUCUGGUGGCUGGGACACGAUCAACAGCUGGUUACAGGAAGCAAAAGAGACCGAGAACUACCCGCUACUGGUGGAGAUACUCAAAGUGUAUCAGUUGUUGCCAAUCACAGUAGAUAUACUGAAGAAAAACAAUGCUGCAAAAACCAUCAAACAACUCUGUAAAUCAGAGAAUGAAAAUACGAAAACUUUAGCCACAAACAUUUUUGAUGAAUGGAUGAAAAAAGUAAAAGGAAAUAAUAACAACAAUGAUACCAAAAAGAAGAAAGAUAAGGUUAUAGACAAAGACAGAGAUAGCGAGAAAAAACAUAGUGAAAAAUCAAGCAAAAAAUCAGACAGCUCAAGCAGUAGCAAAGGUGACAGUAAAUCCAAUAGUGAACAUAGGCAUAGUACGGAAAACCGGACUAGUACUGAUAGUAAAUCAAAGAGCCGAGACUCGAAACAUUCACACGAUUCUAGUCAUCAUCAUAAAUCAGACUCUAGUAAGAGGAGCAAGGAAAAAGAUAAAAAGACUGAGGAAGAAGAUUCCAAUGCAAAUGAUAGUGUUGAAAGUGACGACAAAGUGACCGUUAGACAAGGAUCGGGGCUCAAGUUACAUAUUAAAUUAGGAAGUGAUAAAGAGCGGACUGGUACUAAAUCUGAUGAUACAGAUAAGAAAAGAAUAUCAACAGUGAAAAGACCACCAAGCAAAUUUAGAUCAACAGGUCUAGAAGAAGCAAGUGGUCCGUCUAAACUACCUAAAAAUGCUGACCUCAGUAAACCCAUCCCAAAACGUACUGGGUCUGAUAUAAAGUCAGAGUUGCCAAGCAAGCGGUCAAGACCAAACAUGCCACCACCAUUGAGUGUUCCAUCAGCAUCAUCAUCAUCAACUAGCACACCCUCUGCCACCUCACCGCAGUCACCCGGGGAAAUUCAUGGAAAAAUCAAAAUCAUACCUGCCAGACCAAAGCCUAAUCAUGUCCUUCACGAGAGCUCUGGGUUUAUGGAUAGUUUAGAUGUUGGAAGACCAUAUGGUUCUUUGAAGAAAAAGCGUAGAUUAUCUGGAGCAUCCACUACGCCACCAAGUAAAAGUCAAAGUGUUCCGACCACACCACCUAGUCCAGUGUCUCCAACAACUGCUAUAGCCAGAAGUCUUCCAUCUGUUCCAUCUUUUUACAAAGACACUCAAGAAACGGAGUCCACACAAGAUAAUGAAGAUACAAAAGAGGAAAAGAAAGAAAGAAGUCCCUCCCCUACUGAAGUAGCAAAUGGUGAUGACAAAUCAGAAGUAAAAUCUGAAACUAGUGAAGAGAACAAAGAUAAAACUGACAACGAGAAGACGGUGGAAAGAAGUCCUUCACCAACAGAAUCUUUAUCAGCUACCUCAGCAAAAGAAUCAAAAGGCUUGUUGACUACAGGUGCUACUAAGGUGAAGAAGAAGAAGAAAUCGGUCAGCUGGAAAGAGGACCAUGAAAUCAAAGAAAUCUUCUACUUUGAGAUGGACGAAGAGGAAAGAGUGAAUGUAAACAGACCUAAAGAUUUCAAUCAGGCUCAAAGGAACGAGAUGAUGGCGGACAGAAGGGCAUUUGAGUCAAGUGUAAGGAUGAAGAAUGACCAUAUGGUGGAACAAAUUACUUGGUACAGACCAAAGGUUGUUAUUGGAUACAAGGUGCUAGAUUAUGGUAAAGACAGCAAGGAGAAGACAAUCCAGAAACUACGGGAACAGAGUGUCCUACAGGCACUGUUCUUCCAUAAAAACAUGUUGCCAGACAAUCCACAGGAACCAGACAUGGAAAACGAAGAACCGGAGGAGCCAAAAACUAUACCUGUUGAUGAUCCUGCUGUCAUCGAAGAAAUGUUUAGGAGAUAUUUACAUCUUAUACUUUUCAAGAGAAAAAUGGAGCAGAAAAUGUCUGGUGGUGAGGAAUUUUUAUAUAACUAUGACAGUCAUCCACAGGCGGUACAGAAUCAGGGCGGUGUGCCCAUGGAGCCCAUCAUUGAUCCACCGUUUCAACAACAGAUUAAUUCUCAACAACCCCCUACCUCAGGUCCUGGUGGCCCCGGGGGCUUCAGUUUACCCCCGGGUCUACAGCUGCCCCCUGAUUUAGCCAACAUUCUCAGUCACAUGCAGAAUACACAAAGUAAUCCUAACGACCCUGUGAUGGUUCAGGUACAGCAGAUACUCAAUAACCUAAUGUGUGGUGGAAGUGAGCAGAGCUAUGAACAGUUACAGCAGAUACAACAAAUUAUGAACUCACAAAUGGGAUUACCUGCAGAUGGUAUGAUGCAGGGUCCACCACCAGGGAUGGGGAUGAUGGGUAUGCCCCCAGGGGGACCACCAAUGGGUCCUAGAACACUUCUUGGUAAUGCGCCUCCAGGUUUUAUGCCACAGAGACCAAUGGGACCAGGACCAGGACCAAACAGAUUUGGACCUCCAGGUAAUUGGGGUCCUCAAGGGAACAUGGGUGGUCCACAGAUGGGGCAACAGGGAGGCAACUUCAGAGGAGGAAUGAGAGGUCAAGGUCAGGGUAGAGGUCCUCGAGGUGGCAGGGGAGGUAAUUUCAGAGUAUUGUGUCGUCAUUUUGCAAGCGGGAAGUGUCGAAUGGGGAACAAGUGCACAUUCUUACAUCCAGGAAUAAAUGGUCCACCACUGUCAGAACAACAGAUGCAGCAAAUGUUGGACAAUCCGGGAAAUUCAUGAUAGUUAAUGUUGGAAUUAUAACUGUUGGAGCAGUUUGUUACUGAUGACCUAUGGCUUGAAAUUUGUGACAGCUAAUGAUGAAAAAGGCCUGGUCAGGGUUCAACAUUCAUACAGCUAUGAUAUCACAAUGGGAAGGGUUUUGAAUUUCAGUAUUGAGUUGGUAUCAGACUUUAUGGACUAGUCUUGAAAUCCUGAAUGUUCAUAUUUGAUUAGUAUUAAGUUUUGUGGUGGUGAUUACAUGACCAGUCUAGAGCUGUUGGACCAGUCUGGAAUUGGUGGAAGAGUCUGGCAUUGUUAGAUCAGUCUGGAAUCUUGCAAGUGUAUGAGACAGUUGGGAAUCUUUGUGUUAAUUAUUGGACCAGCCUGGCAUUUCGCCAGUACAAAGAAGUGAUGUUUACUAUGGUAAAUAAAACCAUUCUGGGAAGAAGAGUUAGGAUAAAAAGUGAUUUUGAUGCUGCCACUUGUUUAUGAAAGACUUAAUGAAGGAAAUAAAAGGGGAGACAUUUCAAGACAAAAAUGAACAAAGGCAGCAUUCUAUGAAAAAUGGUAUUGGACUGGGAUAGUGCCAAAUGCUGCUUACUCCUGUUGACACUGGAGAGAUCAAAGUAGACUCAUGUGAUAUAAAAGUAGCUGAAAAUACUGAAGAAUCUUAUAGGUGAAAGAAGCCAAAAAGGCAUAGAAAUGUGAUAGCAGAGAAAAAUGCCUUACAUGUGAAAAGCAGCCAAAAACGUACAGAAAAAGUAUAAAAAAAGUAUAAAUAUUUAUGUAGAAAAGCAGUUUUGUGGAAAAACAUGAUUAGACAGUUUUUUGCCAUGUGGCUGGGUGUUUAGAUACUGUGUUAAUGCCAGAACUGAAUGGAGGCAAUACUUAAGCUGAAGUGUUAAAUGGAAACAGUAUUGUGGAAUACUGGGUGAAGUUUGUCAAUAUGACUAAAUUAAAACAUGUCAGUAUUUCAGUAUUGACCAAGGUUGCUCAAUUACAUGUGGAAAAAUUAGAAAAAAAUGAGAUAUUUUGAAUAUAAGAAAUGUUUAUGUUCUGAAGUGCUUGUACAUAGUUGUUGCAGAAUGCAAGGUACCAGCAAGAGCCUUGAGGAGUUGUGUAUAUAAUUGUCGAUAAACUGAACUGACUCGAAAGCUCAAAUGAGGAGAAGUUCAGAUUUAGUUAUUACUGCCAAGUUUCAGCAGAAAUUGUAAUGGCAGAGAGAAGCCUUUGUGAUAAUUUUCAUUCAGAUAUUGUAUAAAUGUUAUACAACCUUCAGCUGCUUGUUUUCAGUGGUUGAAAUGAAAUUACAUUUUUGUUUCAGAAAAUCAUGUUUUAGUGAUUUUGUUUGUUUGAAAAA